ACUUUUUUUCUCUGUUCAAAUACUAUUGUUAUUAUAAUAAUAAUAAUACUUAGCUUCAACAAUCAGGUAUCGUUGUCACAGCGGAACCAGCUUUCGUUGCUAAUGACUGUGAAUUGUAUUAGUUGAUUUUUUUCAUAAAUUUUGAAUACGUAUUUUUACAAAUUGUAAUGAAUAUGUUCCAAUGUAUUUAUUAUACGUGAUUUCAAAUGCUGAAUAACAUUUAUUUAAUAUAAAAGUCAAUAACGAUGAAUACGAAUACUGUGGAAACAAGUGGGGAUAAACGUUUGCAAGAAACAAAUGUGCAAAGUGUACCGCAUAAUUUAACGACAAUUCAAGGAGUACAAGCUUUACAAACAGUGCAAAAUAUUGUGCAAAGUAAUGUACAAACGAUUCAAUCAACUCAAAAUGUUAGCACUAUGUCAUCGUCCAGUGCUAUUGUUGGGAAAUCUAUUUCCUUGGAUUUGAAUCCAAAACUUUCCCUCAUGAAGUCCGUAGUUCAAUCUGGUGCGUCUUCAGCUGGUGAAACUAGCAAAAUAACAACAACAUUAUGCCCUGUUGGUUCGGCAGUGAGAAUAAUACCAUCAGGAAUACUAAGUACAGUAGAUAGACAAGUUCAACCUCAAGUUCAGGUGCAAUCCUCUUCUCAGACAACUCAACAAGUGGUUACGACUAUUCCUACGUAUCAUGUACCUCGAGGACCAGCUGCUGUCGCAAACAUCUCAGCACCUAGAUCAACCGUUGCUACUCCUAUUGUACGUGCUAGUACAGGUCAAUCUGUUGUUCCAAUAUCUAGAGCAGGAGUGACGUCGGCAGUAUCUAAUGCUCAAUGGCCAGCAAAAACAUCAGUAGUCUAUACUCAACCACAACGACAUGCAGUACCUCCUGUAACGCGUAUAACAACUCGAUCCCCUGCUGUUUACAGUGGCCAACAACCUCGUUUAGUGGCACCAGUUCAAGCACGGCCUAUUCAAGCAGUCGUAGCUAGUGUACCUGCAGGAACUCCUUCCAGGCUUUUAACACCAGUUCUCCCAUCAAAUAAUGCUAUUGCUAGAAUUCCAGUGUCACAAACUCGACCUACAGGACCUCAAGUCAUCAAUACCACCACGUCUGUUCAGGCUGUCCGUCACCAACCUCAAACUCUUCAAACUAGCCAACAAUCGACCCGAUCCGCAACUGCAGCUACUAAUCGUGUAACAGUAUCAGCACCAGUGGGAACAGCUAGCAGGAUAACCAGUGCAGCUUCUGUUACAGUUCAACCAGCAAUAGGCAGACAAUUGUCUAUAAAUUCAGCUACUGGAGGUACUACUGGAGGUUUCAAUCGAGUUGUGAUACCUACUCAACAAGUUCCUCAGUCACAAACUCAUCCCCAAGGUACUACUAGAGUCGUCCAAACAAUUACAUCUUUAGCAAAUAUUGGUACUGUUUCUCGUGUAAUUGCAACAACCACGAAUCCUUCCAAUGUCGCUCGAGUUACUCAAUCAACACCAACAUCUGUUGCUCGAAUAACUGGGAUGACACUUCAUUCACUUCCUAUUGCUACUACUCGAGCUAUUCCUGCUCCAGUGAAACCUGUUGUAUCAGGCCAAGCUAUAGCCCAAGCAGUGCAAAUAAAGUCAACCGGACAACCUACAGCUUUACGAGUUGCAUCUGCAAGUGUCAUUUCUACAUCAACAAUCACUACUACGACUACAACAGCUACUCCAAUACCUGCUGGUACAACAGCAUCAACUGCUACUAUUAUUAUAAAUAAUAGUAAUAAUACCAAUAAUUCACCAACGCCUGUACCUCAAUCGUCUCUGUACCCUCAAUAUCGACAGACUUCGGUACAACCAGUACGAUUACUUGUUGAACCUAGUCAUGAAGAAAAUCAUGGCAAGCCAAAUGCUUCACCAAGGCCAAGCAUACUCAGGAAACGGGAUCAUGACAACUCGCCUGCGAAAGGAGUAGCGAAGAAUUUAGUUCCUGUUUUAACAGCUCUACCAAACAGCUCGGCACCACCUUCAAGUCCACCUUCACCAAGAAAUGACAGAGAUACCGGUGGAGGUCAGAGUUCUGGAUCAACAACAGUAUCAGCAACUUCUUCACCAGGUUUAGACGAAGAACCAGAGCAGUCUAGAAUUACAAUAAAUCAAACAAUGGAAAUGUCUCCACGUAAAAAACCACGUAAACAGCAGCUAACGGGUGUCGAACUCACGGAGUCUCGAUGUACAGAAGAAGAAAUGCAAUUUAUUACUGAAGAUAAAAUUAAAAGAGAACAUAGAGACGACAUUAAAGAUAAAUACGGAAUGGAAAGGAAAACACAUCUUAAUUCUCAAGACGGCAUUACAACAACUCCAACGAUGGUUAUGAGAGCGAGACCUACACCCAGUUUACUUGGAUCAUCGUGGAAAAAUCGAUGGGGUGGUAGGCUUCAUCAUUAUCGAAGGCCCAGUGAUGUAAGACCUCGAGAAGAAAGAAGACCGACAAUAGCAGAAAUAGCCCAACAAAAAUAUGUGUUACAAAAAAUUCAUGGAUGGAAAGUGUAUCAAUUGACUGCACAAAUGGAAGAUUUAGCAGAACUUGAAAAGCAGGUACACGAAAAAUUGAAAGCAACAUUGUUGGUGUUGGAAUCUCAACAGCCUAAAAAUAGGCAAGAUGAUGAUUUGGAGCGAGCCAAUGAAUUAAUCAAAGGAAACAUGCAACGCAGUAGUUUAAUUAGUGAAGGAAUGUGCGAGGCUCGAACUCAAUUAGUUGCUAUUUUCCAACAUAAAGGACAUGUCAGUGAUAUUCUUCAACGGUGUGGUAAUAAACGAGCGCAAAAAAAGCGUGACAAAUAAAAUUCUCAAAAAAUAUAAUUAUUAAAAAGAUUAUUAAUAAAGUACUAAUAAAAAUACAAAUCAAAUUGUAUAAAAAAAAGAUCUUUAUGACUUAGCGAUAAAAAAAU